CGAAACGCACCAGUCGGUGUUGAGUCGUGGACGUCGUCGGAUGUUAAUUACGAACCCUCUUGUCUGGAAGGGGGGGUUCUUUCGUGGGGUUACAUACAGGAUUUCCACAUAGUUCCUGCUAGAAGGGGUGGCCAUAGUGAGUGUCCUGGGAGUAAAGGGGUGGCCCUGCCUCAAUAGUGUACCGGGGUGUUGCUAUCAGGUGAUAUCGGGGCAGGUGCGAAGAUACGAAUGUGGUGACCAGUUCGGUGUGUUCCCCUUAAUUAGUGAAAGUUGAGUGGAUCUAAUUGAAAAAGUUUGUCUGUGCUCUCGAGGGGCCUAGAAUGGAGAGCUGGGGCUACCUGUGGCGUGAAGCUUUAAUGUUUUGAGUGUCGAAGGAAGAGCUUUAAGGUGCAAUUAGAGCGGAGUCCAAAACUAGUGAAGCGGAGAUUAUCGUCAAUUAACCAAACAGUGUUACUAGUAUCUAUCAAAAGUAGUUAUCGAUGUAUGCAUUCAACGAAUACUAAGUGUCUAAAAUACACAGAAUCUCUCAACCAAAAGGCAAAACAUAGCACAAAUACUAAACUGCCUUCGUCCAAAGUCAAUACCAACCGGUGGUACAACACUGUGAAAAGCACAACGAUUUCCCUAUACAACCAACCUAUUGCCAGUAGCGAACGCCCUAGGAUUAGAACCACCCCGGGGAGAACAUCGCAACUGGUGGAGCCCAGUAACAGCUGACGGCCGCCGUGGAACAGGCCAGUGACAAUUGCCAGUUAUACGUAAAACUGUGACUGGCAAGUUCAAAACUCAUUACCAAAGUGAGAGCUUUUUUGUAGAGUUCUCCUCGAAUAACGCCAUGAAAAGUUGGUUCAAAUCGAAGGAAAGGACCCUGCAAGGAAAUGAGCGAACGAACAAUGUUGCUGAAAGUUCCAUCACCAGAGGCAGCACUGUCCAUCGGAAGCGUCGUUAAUCGUUUUCAGCUUAAAAAAAAAUGCUAUCAAAGUUGAAGGGGGGCAAACUUCAAACGAAAAGUUGCGACAAAUGAAUGCGAGAAUGAGGCAAGUUCCGUUGAAUUUGUAAAACGUCGCACUCGUUGAUAGAUAUUGCGCGACUGAGUGACAUCGAAUGAAGGAAAAUGUAAUUUCUACGCAGAAAUGGAAAUAAGUGAAAUGAGGAAAAUGCUUUUCCAAGCUGCAAGAGAGUUGCCGCUGAUGUAAAGUGCUUUUGAAGUGGAAAAGUGUGGGAAAAAAAGUUGAUUUUACUUUGCACAGGAUAGAAAAAGUUGUCGGUCGUGAAAAUGAAACACUUCAUGAGAGUGUAUACAAAGGUGAAAAGUUAACCCCUGAGUGUCCAACGAUAAAGGAUUAAACCCGUUUUAGCAGAAAAUACUUGUGUCGUCAAGGUACUUGGCGAAGCAGAAGAAAGAAAAAAGCUCAUCAAGUCAACAAGAACACCCUGGAAAAAAUAAGAAAAUCGCAACAACAAGUAGAAUUCAAAAGCUGCUGGAAAACCUCGUCAGCAUCGCAGAUCCAAUGUGGGCACCCUUCGUCAGAGCACAACACUUCUGAGAAGGGCAUCGCUGGAUUUAAGAUGCUCGCUUUUGCCGCUUUGCUAGCUGUACACGCAGGGCUUGCUGGUUCGAUUCCAAGUGCACCGGAAAACAUCACCGUAACGUUCCUCACGCCGACCUCGGUUCGAGUUUCAUGGCAAACCUCGAUGGAUCCGCACACGAUGCCAGUUGACAAAUAUGACGUCACGUACAAGCCGACCGAUGCCAGUUACAGGGUUGUCGUAGUGGUGGCCGGAAACCGGGAAGCGGUGACCCUCGGUGGACUCUCGCCGGACACCCAGUACCAGCUGACGGUCGCGGCGGUCUGGAACGGGAAAAAGUACCGCAGCCGGCCAAUCGUAUUCAGAACGCUGGAGCCUCCCAGGACGUCGUUCCAGCAGGACUCCGGUGCGCUCGCUGGCAACAGUGGGCCACCGAUUUCGCCACAUGCCGACACUGCGCCCUCGCUGAGCGGGUUCGGGAUCUUCAGCGAUGAGUUCGGCAACAUCUCGACAAACUCAACCUCACGUAACGAACUUCCAACGAUCCGUGGCGUCGAGAUCGGUAUCGUAGUGUUAGUGUUAAUAGUGUGGGCUGGUGCGAUAGCGUUAUUUUUUAACCGAUGGGGUAAGAUCCGAAUGUUGCUUCCAUAUCAACCAGACUACAAGCAGGAACAGCUCAAAGUUCCUGGGACGGGCGUCUGUGCCAACGGUACCUGCAACGGGCAGCACUCACACCAGGAAAAUCAAACUGGACUGGAAGCUUUGGCCAAAAUGCACCUUCAACAGCCUUACCACCCCUGGCCGGAAGAGCCCUCGUCGGUCAUCUCGGAGCGGUGCACGCGGGCCCGCAUCAACUCGGCCAUUUUCGUGUCGUCCGAGGGCCGGGGCUUCGACUCGAUCGAGUUCAUCCGGCGGUACGGGUCGCAGUCGGUGCUGUGCCGGAAGGCGCGCAGUGCCGAAAACGUGUCCGCCUCCGAGCGACAGCGCCGAUUUUCAGAGUACCCCGAGUGGGAGUCGGAGGAGAACAAACAGUACGGCAAGAUGAACGGGUACGAGCACUGCGGACCGGACGGUGCCAGCAACACCAACGCGGAGCCCCGCCAGGACUCGAUAGAACUGGUCGAGUGCCACCGGGAGCCGGGAAGCUCCACAACGGCCAACCAACCGGUGACGGUGACUCCGGCGGUGGUGGUGUUGCCACUUCCGGUGGGUGGCAGCAGCAGCAAAUGUUGUGCCAGUGCCAGCGGAGGUUGCAACGGCAGCAGUAGCGGCGCCGGAGACUACGUCUGCCUCGAUGGCCACCACAGCAAAACCACGCCAAAGCUCUCGAAUCUGCCGACGCUGUCGGUGUCCGGUCCAUCGCCGCCGCACGAGGAGGAAUUUUUGUUAUAAUCUCGGUUGUACCUUACACCAGCACGAACCCGUCGAGAUCCGCAUAAUCUUCCUGCCCAGAUCCGGCGUCGUGUUGCAGUGUAAAAUGCUAAAAUUAGAACCUAAGUAAAACUAUUGUUUGUACAUGAGUUUCUUUUCUGUGAAAAACGCGAUUUAGAUAUUUGCGAUCUCGAUAGAAACGAUUAGAAUUUGUAUAAGUGCGGUUAGUUAGCCAUUAAGGAAGGUAUGAUAAAUUCAACUCCAUCAAAUCUGAACAUUAUCAGCAAAACAGUUUCAAUAAACUGAUAUCAAUCGACAAACGAUGAGCUUUAACUACGCCCGGUACUCACUUCUUAUGAGUUUGAUCGUUAAAUUGGGGACGAGUUUUGUAAAUAAAGUAAAAAAACGUACUUUUCUAGAAAACGGGAAAAAUUAAUCGAAUUCAUAGUUUAAUAAAUAUUAAACGUCAAACAAACUUUACGCGAUUGAUUAAGUAAGUAUUUUCUUAUAAUUAAGUGAAGUAGCUUAUACGUUCAGUAAGGCGUAAACAGUAUGAACAUCGUUUUUUCCUGUAGAAAAAAAAGAAAUCUUAAAAUAUUUCACUAAUUUCAACCUACUUGCAAUAUUUUUAUCUGUCAUCAUUAAAAAUUCAAUGCAUUGAAGAAAAACAUCCUAGUUGAUUAAUUAAACUUAGUUUUGUUCCAUGCAAAUUAAAAAAAAAAACAUUUUAUAUCUCUUUCAAAAUCAUUUUUUCUCAAUUCUACACGAUACAAUUUUAACAUUUUCAGCAAGGAUCAGUCUCAAUUCACUGAAAUGUUUGGAUUUUGUUCCACGUUGCAUGCUGACAACAUUUGAUUUUUCGACAAAUGCAACAAUCUCACAAAAAAUUCCGCAACGCAACAACCUUUUAACCAAAACAUUAGCCUGUGCCUUGCCAUCCCUUAGUUUAUUCUCAUCACCGUUACUUGCCCUGCAGCAUGCGAAAAAAAACAAACACCGCAAACUCACGCAAUUAACCUGACCUCUUCAUCAACAUCCAACAAUCCCUUCUUCAUUGCCCGCGAACAGCACCAAAAUAUACUCAGUUUAAUUAAUUAAACUUUUUCCCCUCUGUACGUGUUUCAUUUUUUUCUGAUUUAUUUCACAGCCAAUACUCGCCACCGCUUGAAAAUGGCCCCGAAAAGGAACGCUACUAAAAAAACGAUGGCUUUUCCUUAAGGUCGUUUGAUAAAUGAGAGAAAAAAAACU